AUGCGAAAGUAUGGAGUCCACCACCGCCUAUCCACACCUUAUCACCCGCAGUCCAAUGGACAUGCUGAAGUUUCUAAUAGAGAAAUCAAGGUAAUUCUAGAAAAGACAGUCAAUCCCACCAGGAAAGACAGGAGCCGCCGACUGGAGGACGCACUCUGGGCCUACAGGACAACUUUCAAAACGCCUAUCGCAAUGUCCCCAUACCGAUUGGUGUUUGGGAAAAUGUGCCAUUUACCUGUGGGGGUGGAACAUCAAGCCUACUGGGCAGUCAAAGAAAUGAAUAUGAACACCGAGGCUGGAGCUGCAGAGAGGAGAAUGCAGCUACAGGAGCUUGAAGAGCUCCGUCUGGAUGCCUAUGACUCUGCCAUGUGA